CCCUGCGCCCUCGUCCUCCUCGGGCGCCCUCCCGGGAGCUCGCCGUGUGUGUGUGUGUGUGUGCGCGCGCGUGGGUGUGCGCGCCAGUGUGUGUGCGUGAGUGUGAGCGUGUGUGUGUGUGUGUGUGUGUGUGUGAGUGAGUGAGCGUGUGUGUGUCCCUCCGCCAACGCCGCCACCUCCAAGCCCGGCAAAUGAACUCCGUCCGAGCCGCCAACCGGAGACCCAGGCGAGUGUCGCGGCCGCGCCCGGUGCAGCCACCGCAGCAGCAGCAGCAGCAACAGCAACAGCAGCAACAGCCACCGGCGCCCCAGCAGCAGCAGCAGCAGCAGCAACAGCCGCAGCAACAGCAGCAGCAGCAGCAGCAGCCGCAGCAACAACAACCUCCGCCGCCGCCGCUGCAGCAACCCCCGCCGCCGCCGCCGCCGCCGCCUCCGCCGCUGCCCCAGGAGCGGAACAACGCCGGUGAGCGGGAUGAUGAUGUUCCUGCAGAUAUGGUUGCAGAAGAAUCAGGUCCUGGUGCACAAAAUAGUCCCUACCAGCUUCGUAGAAAAACUCUUCUGCCGAAAAGAACAGCGUGUCCUACAAAGAGCAGUAUGGAGGGUGCCUCAACUUCAACUACAGAAAAUUUUGGCCAUCGAGCAAAACGCGCAAGAGUGUCUGGAAAGUCACAAGACCUAUCAGCAGCCCCUGCUGAACAGUAUCUUCAGGAGAAACUGCCAGAUGAAGUUGUUUUGAAGAUCUUCUCUUAUUUGCUGGAGCAGGAUCUGUGUAGAGCAGCUUGUGUCUGUAAACGCUUCAGUGAACUUGCUAAUGAUCCAAUUUUGUGGAAACGAUUAUAUAUGGAAGUAUUUGAAUAUACUCGUCCUAUGAUGCAUCCUGAACCUGGUAAAUUCUAUCAAAUUAAUCCAGAAGAAUAUGAACAUCCAAAUCCUUGGAAAGAGAGUUUCCAGCAAUUGUAUAAAGGUGCACACGUAAAGCCAGGAUUUGCUGAACAUUUCUACAGUAACCCUGCAAGAUAUAAAGGAAGAGAAAAUAUGUUGUAUUAUGAUACCAUUGAAGAUGCCCUUGGUGGAGUCCAAGAAGCUCAUUUUGAUGGACUUAUCUUUGUUCAUUCUGGAAUAUAUACUGAUGAGUGGAUAUAUAUUGAAUCUCCAAUCACCAUGAUUGGUGCAGCACCUGGGAAAGUUGCAGAUAAAGUCAUCAUUGAAAACACUAGAGACUCAACCUUUGUCUUUAUGGAAGGCUCUGAAGAUGCUUAUGUUGGCUAUAUGACAAUAAGGUUUAACCCUGAUGACAAGUCUGCUCAACACCACAAUGCACACCACUGCCUAGAGAUCACAGUAAACUGCAGCCCAAUUAUUGACCACUGCAUCAUCCGAAGCACAUGCACAGUGGGCUCCGCAGUGUGUGUGAGUGGUCAGGGGGCGUGUCCCACUAUCAAGCACUGCAACAUCAGUGACUGUGAGAAUGUUGGACUUUACAUAACAGAUCAUGCACAGGGAAUAUAUGAAGAUAAUGAAAUUUCCAAUAAUGCGUUAGCUGGGAUUUGGGUUAAAAAUCAUGGAAACCCAAUUAUAAGACGGAAUCAUAUUCAUCAUGGACGUGAUGUUGGUGUGUUCACGUUUGACCAUGGCAUGGGUUACUUUGAAAGCUGCAACAUACACAGAAACAGGAUAGCAGGCUUUGAAGUAAAGGCCUACGCUAACCCAACGGUGGUUCGGUGCGAGAUUCACCACGGGCAGACAGGAGGAAUAUACGUCCAUGAAAAGGGAAGAGGACAAUUCAUAGAGAAUAAAAUCUAUGCAAACAACUUUGCAGGUGUAUGGAUUACCUCAAAUAGUGACCCGACAAUAAGGGGAAAUUCUAUAUUUAAUGGAAAUCAAGGAGGAGUUUAUAUCUUUGGUGAUGGACGAGGCCUUAUUGAAGGAAAUGACAUUUAUGGCAAUGCAUUAGCAGGAAUUCAGAUUAGGACAAAUAGUUGUCCAAUUGUUCGACAUAACAAAAUUCAUGACGGACAACAUGGUGGGAUUUAUGUGCACGAGAAAGGACAAGGCGUCAUCGAAGAGAAUGAAGUUUACAGCAACACUCUGGCCGGGGUCUGGGUGACUACAGGCAGCACCCCGGUGCUGAGAAGAAACCGAAUCCACAGCGGCAAGCAGGUUGGUGUUUAUUUUUAUGACAAUGGGCACGGGGUGCUAGAGGACAAUGACAUCUACAAUCAUAUGUAUUCGGGGGUGCAAAUAAGGACCGGAAGCAACCCCAAAAUUAGACGCAACAAAAUUUGGGGAGGACAGAACGGUGGAAUUCUAGUUUAUAAUUCUGGGUUAGGCUGUAUAGAGGAUAAUGAGAUAUUCGACAACGCCAUGGCUGGGGUCUGGAUCAAGACGGACAGUAACCCUACACUAAGAAGAAAUAAAAUCCACGACGGUAGAGAUGGCGGCAUCUGUAUAUUUAAUGGGGGUCGAGGUCUGCUGGAAGAAAACGACAUUUUCAGGAAUGCUCAAGCAGGCGUCCUCAUCAGCACCAACAGUCAUCCAGUCUUAAGGAAAAACAGAAUAUUUGAUGGAUUUGCUGCAGGUAUUGAAAUUACAAAUCAUGCAACGGCAACCCUAGAAGGCAAUCAGAUUUUUAACAACCGAUUUGGAGGCUUGUUUUUAGCAUCUGGUGUUAAUGUGACAAUGAAAGAUAACAAAAUAAUGAACAAUCAAGAUGCCAUAGAGAAGGCUGUUAGUAGAGGCCAAUGUUUAUAUAAAAUAUCAAGUUAUACUAGCUAUCCCAUGCAUGAUUUCUACAGAUGUCACACGUGUAACACCACAGACCGAAAUGCCAUAUGUGUGAACUGCAUUAAGAAGUGCCAUCAGGGACACGACGUAGAAUUUAUUAGACACGAUAGGUUUUUCUGUGACUGUGGUGCUGGAACACUGUCUAAUCCUUGUACACUAGCUGGUGAGCCUACACACGAUACAGACACACUAUAUGACUCUGCUCCGCCUAUAGAAUCUAAUACAUUGCAGCACAACUGAAACCUUCCCUAAAGAAAACGUCCUGCCAUUCUAACAGCAUAACUUAAAACAUUUUUGAAAGAAGAUUUAAAAUAUUUGCCCAUGCUACAGGAAGAGACUGUAUUAAAAAAAAUGGAUACACAAGGUCAGUUGACACUAUGAAGCUCGAGCUACCAAAAAGAAAGUGGCAAUAUAUUGACUCAGGAUCUCAAAGCUGGGUGUUUUAGCAUUACUGUGUAAAGACUUUUGAAGGGACAGAAGUGAAGAAAUAAGCUGCAAUUUUGUACAGAUACCAACUUCCGAAAAGCUGGUGUUUCCCAGCUAGCAUCGAAUGCAGCCCACUUUGCAGUCGUGAUCCCCAGUAGACGGCAGCUUUGUUGCUGCCUUGGUGGGCAUGGGUACCAAUUGCUUUUGUAAUACGGUAAAAAUGUGAGCUAGCACUUCUGCAUUUCUUUUCAUUUUUUAACAUGUAUUCAGAUUGAGAAAUAUGAUUUUAAUGCUUUAAUCUCAUGUAGUUUGUUUUUAAUUUCAAGCAAAAUCUUAUUGUACUUGAAUGUGCCCUGUUUUGUUAGCACACCUAGGCUUGCUGUAACUGUACUCAUGUCCCAGGAUGUACGUUCUUUCUAUGAAAGAGAAAACACUAAUCUUAAAUUAUAUCCAGCAAUGUUUCUGGUAUCCUUUAAGAAAAGUUAAUUAUUUCCUUCCUUUCCCUGUGCAGCAUUUAAAAUGACCCCUAGAAAAAGUGAGUGUUUUAAUGAGACUUCCUAGGAAGGGAUGCACUGUAAAACAAAAGUAUUCUUGUAACUCAGUUUUGUGAAAGGUAAAAACUACUAUGUUUUAAAGUACACUUUAGAAAGUCUCUUCAAAACAGUCCUGUAUUUGAACUCUGUUCAUAGUUUUCUUUUGAACAGUUUAGACAAAACUGCUGGAAAUUAACACAAUUUCCUGCAUUAAGCUGAGACCAGUAUAUAUACAGCCUAUACAGUUUCAUAGCUCCCUCCCCAUUUGUGUAUUGGUGACAGUGGGUAUAAACAGCCUGAAAGUGUAUGCAUGUACCAUAACAUCUAGACUUAAUAUAUUGUGGAGUAUUCAAUAACCAUUAUGUAGAAGGUAGGUAAGAAUUAAAAGGGUUUAAUUUCCUAGAAAGAAAAUGGAAAAAUGGUCAUUUUUAAAAAAUAAAGUUUAUUAGAUCAUAA